CAGGUUUCAAUUUAAGCGCCUGGCAGGAACUCAGCACACCUGUGUGCAGAUACCGCAGGAGGACGAUCCCGGUGCACGACGCCUGUGACUCAGACCAUUUGCUGUUACACUGUGUGACCAUGGAAAUCUGCUCCUGGCUGUGCAUGUUAGGUGCUUCUGUCUACAUCUUCACUGUGCUGCGGACACCUAAAGAUGGCUGUGGAUACUGGCACGCUGCCCUCGGGGCCCUCGUCGGCGCCUUCCUCUACUUUCUGGGAUAUCCAGGUCUUUGUGGGGGGGUCGCCCUCGGCUGCAGCCUCACCCUGCUCCACGGCUCUGAGAGGAGACGAGAGCUGCUGCCAGUGCAGAACAGAGUGGUGCUGAUCACAGGUUGUGAUUCAGGGUUCGGCCAUGCCCUGGCGAAGCAGCUCAGUGACAUGGGAGUCAAGGUGUUUGCAGGUGUGCUGGAUGUGCACGGAGCUGGAGCUCAGCAGCUGAGAGCGCGAGGAUGUGCCAACCUGGAGGUGCUGCAGCUGGAUGUGACUGACGGCUCCCAGAUAGCGGCAGCACACCAGUGCAUCCGUGCUCAGGUCAGGGACGCAGGUCUCUGGGGUUUGGUUAAUAACGCAGGAAUCCUUCACACUGUGGCGGAUGCAGAGCUCCACCCGCUGUUGCUCUACAGACGCAUCAUGGAGGUGAACUUCCUGGGUGCUGUGAACAUGUGUCAGGUGUUCCUGCCUCUGCUGAAGAGGUCCAGAGGACGCAUCAUCAACGUGAGCAGCGUGGCUGGCGAGGUGCCCAUGCCCUUGUUGGCUGCGUACGGAGCGUCGAAGGCAGCUCUGAGCUCCUUCUCCAAGGCGCUGAGGCUGGAGUUAUCUGCAUGGGGCGUCAGAGUGGCCGUGAUCCAGCCCGGAGGCUUCAAGACAAAUAUCUAUGGGAACAGUGAUGACAUCCUCACAGGGAUUUCCUCUGAGACCAGAGAGGAUUAUGGGGAGGAGUACAUCUUGUCUCUCGUCAGCAAUAUGCUCAAAAUGUCCCAACAGUUGUCAGAGGAUCUGUCUCCUGUGGUGGACGACAUGUGUCAUGCUCUGCUGGCAGUCCGGCCCAGACCUCUGUACACCCCUGGACCAAUGGCAUGGCUGCUGCCAUUUCUACAGUGCUACUGCCCCACCGCCGUGUUCGACUCUAUCAUCAUGAGGAUUCUUAAAAAUGACAACUGUGAGCCAGCAGGGCUCAGCAGGCGCUGAGACCAGAACACGUUAAUGAGGCAGCUCAUUUGGUGCUUCACUUAGUAAUUUGUUUCCCCCUUACUUUAACCUAUAAGGUUAGGGGGCUCUAAAAUGUCCUGAGACUGUUUCUGUGACUAAAGUUGUGGUUCAACCUGUUAAUAGUCUAUGUACAGUAAAUAUGAUGCUACAGCCAUCAGCUGUUAGCUUAGUGUAGAUCAACAUAUUACCUCUCAUUUGUCUUCAUAUUUAACAGAGAGGAAACAAAGCUAAUGUUUACCAAGUGUCAAACUGCUGUUUUAGAGGCUGUUUGAUCUGACACAUGACAAACACAUGGAUACACUCAACUCUGCUUUUAAUAAAAGUCUCAUCCAGGCUGUAAAAACAUUGCCUGUUCACAGCCCAGCUGUUUUUAAAAGCCAGGAUGUAUAACAUCCAGUCAUCCUUAAAACACUGUACACGCUGCUCUACAACCAUCACUGGUCAGCACCACAUAGAGUUUCUGCAAACACAGCUGGUAAAAAAAAAAA